GUGGGUUUGUUGAGGUCUCUGCACGGUUUUUGGGGGUUCUUUGCCUCGGUGGGGUUUGGUAUCUGCAAGGGAGGAGGAGGGAAAGCGGCAUCGGCGAGCUGGGAGCCUUGGGAGCCAGGCAUUAUAUAACGCCCCGCAGUGCCUUGCGGAGCGGCGAGCCUUUCGGGGGGCUAUUCCCAAGGCUCUCGGAGGGAACUUUUCUUCAAAUCUGGGUUGAUCCAAGCUCUUCCCUCCCCCCCCCACCCCAACUCCAAUCCUUCCCCUUCCGCGGAGCUUUGCAUCGUUUCUCCAAGGGAUGCCCGCACACCAGCCUUGGCUUCCCUCGCCUGCCCGCGCCGAGGUGCUGCAUGUCCCGCUGCUGCCAGAAGCGACACCCGCUUUGACCCUUGCCGUCCCUCAUCCCGCAUCGACUUGUCAGCUCCUGAAAAAUAAGCUCCCUGUCCACCGCGAGGUGUCUUCCCCUGCUCCCAAGCCCCACCUUCUGCUCCUGCUAUUUAGUCCCUUCCAUUACCCGUUCCUUUUCGCCCGGCCCAAGGCUUUCCGUUUGGAGACAGAAGAGCUCUGCGGAAACCUCCCGAGGCGCUCGGUACCUAUAUUUAGUGCCGGUAACCAGGAGCCAGCAGCAACUCCUGAUGCAAUGGUGCAGCCAUUCACCACAAUCCCAUUUCCGCCACCCCCACAGAACGGGAUUCCCACAGAGUACGGGGUGCCACACACUCAGGACUAUGCAGGCCAGACCAGCGAGCACAAUCUGACGCUCUACGGGAGCACGCAGCCGCAUGGAGAGCAGAGCACGACCACGGCCAGCACGCAGAACGGAUCUCUCGCACAGACAGAAGGAGGGGCACAGACAGAUGGACAGCAAUCACAGACACAGAGCAGUGAGAACACCGAGAGCAAAUCCACUCCAAAACGGCUCCAUGUGUCCAACAUUCCCUUCCGCUUUCGAGAUCCGGACCUUCGACAGAUGUUUGGGCAAUUCGGCAAAAUCCUUGAUGUAGAGAUAAUCUUUAAUGAGCGCGGCUCCAAGGGAUUCGGGUUCGUAACUUUCGAGAAUAGUGCUGAUGCAGACAGGGCCAGGGAGAAAUUACACGGCACCGUGGUAGAGGGCCGUAAAAUCGAGGUUAACAAUGCCACAGCGCGAGUGAUGACCAACAAGAAGAUGGUCACACCAUACGCAAAUGGUUGGAAGUUGAGUCCUGUGGUUGGAGCGGUGUACGGCCCUGAGUUAUAUGCAGCGUCCAGCUUUCAAGCAGAUGUCUCGCUGGGCAAUGACGCCGCAGUGCCCCUGUCAGGAAGGGGGGGUAUUAACACUUACAUUCCUUUAAUCAUUCCAGGCUUCCCCUAUCCAACUGCAGCCACCACAGCAGCCGCGUUUCGGGGAGCCCACCUGAGGGGCCGAGGAAGGACGGUUUAUGGGGCAGUCCGGGCAGUACCUCCCACAGCCAUCCCUGCCUACCCAGGAAUAGUCUUACAGGAACCAAUCAUUAGCGCUAAAAUACCUCAGGGUGGAUACGCAGCCUACAGAUAUGCACAGCCUGCUACUGCAACAGCAGCCACGGCCGCUGCAGCCGCUGCAGCAGCUUACAGCGAUGGUUAUGGCAGGGUGUACACAGCAGAUCCUUACCAUGCCCUUGCCCCUGCCGCUAGCUACGGAGUUGGAGCUGUGGCGAGUUUAUACCGAGGUGGCUACAGCCGAUUUGCCCCCUACUGAAGUGACGUGAGCCCCCUGCAAGUGGGACAGCCCCCCCAGUUCAUGAGGCCUGGCUAUUGCAAUAUUUACUAGUAGAGGAACUCUAUAGCAAGAUGAGGAGGAAAAACAAAAAACAAAAGAGAAAAUACUUUUUUAUACCUCACUAUGUUCUUUGAAUAUGUAUUUUUUUUCCUUUAAAUUUCUGCCUUUAAUUCUUUUGUUCCAAAGAUUGUGCUUUUUUUUUUUUUUUUUGGUUGUUUUAUUUUUUUUUUGUUUGUUUUCCUUUUAUUUUUUUUUUAACUGUGGUAAAAAUAAUGCAUUUCCGUGUCUGUAUGUUGGUGCAUAGCUUAUCCUACCAAUCACGGAAAAGGCGAUUAGCGUUAAGGAAAGCUGUUAGAAACCGAAUAUCAUGCAAUUAAUCAGGAACACACAGACAGAGUUACUUCCCUGGGUCUGGUGCUUGGUGCCUGGGAGACAGGAGGACGUGAGGGAGAAGUCUCCACCUGCUGUGUUUCUGGUCUGCAGAAGGAAGCACUCCCUGGCUGUGGCUGGGACCUAAAUGCUGGUGGGAAAUAGUCAUUUACACGCGGAAAAAGGGGGAAAUGCAGAGACUUUCCUCGUUUUUUAUCACCAUCUGACGCGCACAGGUUUGGGACAGUUGCAGCAGUGUCAGGACUUUAGACUUGGCAAGAGAAGAUUUCCUCAACCUGCCCAAAGACUUUGGCUGUUACCCGCUGUAUAGGGGACGAGACUUUGAAAGGAGUUUUUUUGCGGAGGAUGAUCUUCCCCCUACACACAACUUACUCUAGCUGAUUGUUGUCCGUUGCUGGUGGCUGUAAUUACCUUAGUUUCACAUCCUCCUUUUCAAGAUCUUUCUCCCUUGCUGUCCCCUUCCUCCCUCUCUUCCUCGAGGAGUGGCAGACGCAAUGCACCACCCCACAGAGCACCUCUGCUGCGGACAGCGAGCGGCGACAAGGCGGCGGUGAGGCCUCGAUGAUGAAGAAACUGAGGCUGAAGACUCAAGCAGCAGAGCCGUGCUCGGGCACGCCGAGGUCCAGCCCGCGAGGUCUCUCUCCUCCUGCUCAUCCUGAGCUGCUCAGGCACUACUGCAAGUGACCUGUUCCAAAUAACACGAGCGAGACAAACGAGUCAUGUAUAAGCUGCUGAGGUGAGGGUCACGCAUGUGGGUUCGUGGCGGGGGAAGAGCGUUGUGUACAUCCAAGCGUGAUCCUGAGGUAGUUUUGUUUAGGUCCGGAGUUUGAGGGGAGGCAGAAGCGGCUUGCACAAGCUCUGAAUUCAUAGGAACGUCCCACCACGAGCUGUAUCCAGGGCCCUCACAGAGCCACGUUGCAAACCCCGGGGCCGUUUUGCUCAGCCUGCCAUAGAAAGCUGACGCCCCUGGGCUGCCGGGUCUGUAUUGACACUACAUAUGAUAAGAUUUGGAAGAGGAGAGACCGUUCAGGGGAGGACAGAGCUGGCUUUUUAGCUGACGGCAGGAGCAGUGCUGCGGCGGGGAGCUGCCGCUCUCCAGCCCUCCCCGCUCAGCCGCUGGCCCCGAGCGCUCCCAGCAACCCCGAUGCUCAGAGGCAGGUGCUCUUGUGCUCUCUCUGACCCUGUGUUAGCCUAAAAAAACCUGCACUUCUCUGCCUCAACUCUCUCACUUGGUACUGGGGUGAGCGUUUCACCCCCAGAAGGGCUGCUUGGAGCACGGGUUGGUUGGUGGAGCCUCUCCCAGCUCCUGCCGCACGCCUUCUUCUCCACCCCCAGCUGAUACCAGAAUAGGAAACCUCCUGCAUUUAACACUAAGCGGUGUCAGCCAGCAGAGCUCCCCGAGGAGGUGUCCUGGCCCAGCCAUGCACAACCACGCGUUUUUUUUUCCUCUUCCCCAGCGAAACACGCAGCCUCUCUGGGCGCAGCAGAGAGGAGGCACCGAAAGGAGAAGGAUGGGGAAGCCAUGAGUUAAGCUAGCGACCCUAAAGCUAUUGAUUCUCUGGAGGAAUAGCUAGAAAAAGGGGACACCAAACUGCCAGCCUGUUGGCCACCUUUUGUUGUUGUUGUUUUUGUUUUUUUUUUUUUCCUGGUUUUGUUGUUGGUUUUUAUUAAUUUUUUUUUUUCCAAGCCAAAGUUUGGUUUGUUGCUGUUAUGACAAUUUUUUUUGUUGUUUGUAUAUAAAUAUUUUAGUUAGAUUGAAAACGGGGAAGGGGGGAACAGGGCGGUCGGGGGCUUUCACAAAACCUAGGAAACGAGGGGAAGCGGGGGGCACGCGGGGGGCUUUGGCUGAGCUGAGGGAGGAGGCGGGGGUAGGAACGGCCGCGCUCGCCCUCCCCGCCCCCCGUCCUGCGGUUCAGUUCAGCUGGUUCUGACUGCGGCUCCCCAAAAAGCUGGGCUCGCCAUCCCCGCGUGCCCUCCCUUGCCCCUGGCGGUGCAAUCGUCCCCGUCCCCAGCUCUGCCUCUCUCUCGGCCCCUUCCUGCCUCCCGGCGCAGUCUAUGCACGGCGGCUUCAGCCCACCCCGCGGCUCCUGAGAGUCGGAGGGCUUGCGUGCGGAAGCGCCCACCCUUUGCGGGGCCGCAGUCAGUCCUCUGCUGUAGGAUCUCCGAGUGAUGCCUGCUCCACGCCAGCCAGCCUGGGGCCUCCCCGAGCCCGGCCAGCUCCCCUCGUGCCCCGGAGUUAAUUUGUCACCGCGUCCCCGGCCACCCGCUCGUGGUGCCUGGAGCGCUGGAGGCGGCUGGCUCUGCGGAGCGCCGCGCCUCCCAAAAGCUUCCCCGCCAGCUUGAGGCUUUGCAGCGAGGUUUCUGGAGGAGAUGCUGUGCCACGGCGGCAGCGCCGCGCUUUCUUCUUGGCAAACAGCAGCUCCGGGUUCGCUCGGAGGCGCAGCGAGCUGGCUUGAGAUGGGUUCAGGGCAGCCAAGCCUUGGUUAUGUACCCAUCUUUUGGAGAAGCGAGGACAAAGCCUAUAUCUCCCUAUGCAAAAUGAUUGACUCUUCAUGAGUUAACCCCGGGCCCAGACAGCAGCGAGUGCUUGUCCCGGAGAUGGAUCUGCAGGCGCGAGUCCCCAGGGCUUGGCUUUCAAAGGGAAAACCUGCACGAGGCGGGCUGGCAAAGAGCUUGCUGCUUGCCACCUUGCCCGGUGGCACCGGGAUUCCUCUUGGUGUGGAGGACGAGACGUUCCUCGAAGUGUUGCUGUCUGUACUGUCUUGCAGUAGGUCUGGCCAGCACAGCGUAUUAAUACCGGUAUAAUUUUGGAUUGAAGUGCUAAUUUUUUUAUUUUUUAAUUAUUAUUUUUUCUUCUGAAAUCUGCUGGUCCGUCUGUCCGUGUGGAUAUAGAGUUGUGCUGGUACAAAGGUGAGCUCUUACUGGCGUAGCACGUGCCCUGCUGGGAACGCCUCGCAGCGCUCCUGCACCCCGAUGUGACCGUCCCCGUGCUGGGCAGGCUGCCCCGUGGGGUUUGGGACCUGGAGCCAGCAGGGAGCCCGGUGUGAGCCUCCUGCAGCCCUCCGGCAGGCGAAGCAGUCGUGCAGAUCCCGUGAGGUGAGCUCGGGCAGACAAAGCCGUGUUUCUCGGCUGCUGAAGUGCCCGAGAGCUGCGGGCUGGGCGCGGCGAGGGCUUGCUGGGGAGCUGCGGGAUGCUCAGGGCUCUGUCGGUGAUCAUCAAGGACGAUGUGGGAGCAGUCGGGGCGCUCCUCCAGGCCUGUUUCCCCGUCCCUAAAGCGAGAGGGCAGCCGCUCGGCUCCUGGUCUGAGAUCUGUGGGUGCGAAGUGCACGGCGAGGGCUGAGGGGGGCUGUCUGAACAGCAGGCUCAAACGUGAGGCGGCUGUGACACCGAGUCGUCACCCAGCCUUUUCCUUCUGGAAAGAGUCUCGGGCACCAGGCAGAGCCUCCCAGCCCUUACCCAGUUCAUCCCCAGCCCGUCCCCGUUCACAUCGUCCUGUCCCAGCCCUGAGAGCAGAGGAGAUCACGCCUAGGGGAGCACUUAGAAAUCGGCUAAAGGGAAAAGCAGGGGCGAGCUCCGGGUCUGGCUCCAAAGGGGAAGGACGCCCGCGGGCAGCUGCCGGCCUGGCGGGGUCGGGGGAUGCUGUCCCCGUUUUCGGAGGGGCGAUGUGUGAAGCGUGUUACCUGUUUGCACUGUUUUAAUAUAGGAUGGGGCUGGGGGGGGUGGGGGGGGGGGGAGAAAACCAACAAGAAGCAGCAACCCAACCUAGUGAACGCGAUGAACAUCCGAUGUAGACUUCUCUGUGUUUUUAUUUUGUCAUGCUCUUGGAAAAAAUGUCCAACAUUUUUGUAGUAUACACCAGUGAGACUUGAUUCUUUGUUGCAUAAAACACUAUUUUUGGUGAUGUUAAUGUCUGAAAAGCCUCUUCCCUCCCCCCCACCUUACCGGUUGCCCUCUCCACCCUCUCCACCCCGGUAAAACUCCUCUUCUGCAAGGAAAACUCCAGUCACCCAGGCAAGCAGGAGGCCGAUGGCCGGAGUGCGAAAUGGGGCCCUUCCCAAGCAGGCUCUGGGGUUUCUCCCUGGUACGCGUUCCCCUAGCCAGGAGUUUGCAGGGCAGCCCCCGGCCCUCUGCAGCGCACGCAGCAGCAGCAGCAGACCCAGCGGGACGUGGGGACACCCACCUCCCGGCUCCGUUGCUGCUGCUGACCCUGGAAGGCAAUUUUUUGGGGUGUUGGAAAGCUCUGGCAGCGACUGCCCUCUGGGCACGGGGCUGAGCGCCUGCAGGGCCCGGCACCCGCGUCCCCCGCAGCCUCUUGGCACGUGGUGGGACGAGGGCACUCCAGCCAAAAGCCUCGCCCCAUCUCACCAGGAGAUGGCUGGUGUCCGAAGCCGUCCACCCCAACAGUCAUUUUUUGGCUGGCAGUCAGCAAAAUGCCAGUUCAUCUUGAUAUUUUUUUUUUAAUUUUUAAUUUUUUUUUCCUUCCCUGAAGUGGGUCAGUAGUAAGUCUCCUGCCAGAUUGCCAGCUCUCCGCCGCUGGAGGGGCUCGUUGUUUCCCCCAGGAGCCAGUUCCUUACAGAAGCCAGAAAUCAGGCCUCCCACCGGAGCAGUCUCGGUUCGCUCAUGUUUUUUUUUUUUAUUAUUAUUUUUCUGUUUUUUUAGUUUUCUGUUAUUUUGUGUGCGCGCGCAUGGUGUAGUUUUGGCAGCUUGGUUCGGCUGCGCUAUCAAGUGACGAAAUAAUCCUCUCUUACCCCAGGGGAUACGAUUUGUUUUGGUUUCUUUUUUUUUUUUUUUUCCUUUUUCUUUUUUUUUCCCUUUUUUUUUUUUUUUUUAAAUCUGAUAAAUCCUGCUUGUACAUAGCUGGAGCUAAAACCUGGGGCUGACAGCGAAGGAGAGCCAGGGCCGUAGAGCGCCGUGGAGCUGGCGGAGCAUUUUACUGACCUCACAGGCUGAUCUACUUGAGACUUGGAGAUUUUCCGUGCCAGGCUGAGAUGCCGCAGCACCUCCAAAGGCAGCGACCGACUCGCCCCUUCACGCGGCCUCCCCAGCACCUCCCAUUGCCAGGUACCGCCGGGGAGCAGGACGCGUCCCCCCGCGGGACGCGGUCCCUUCCCCCUGGAUCAUUUCCUAGGACGCCCGAGCCGCUUGCCCAGGGUCCCAUUUCCCUGCCGACUCUGGAGAAGCAGUAUCUGCAUCCCAGGGCUUUGUGACAGCCUCUAACUUCCCGCCCCCCCCUCGUUAAGUAUCAUAUUGUAUAGUAGCUUUCAGACCAUACAGUAUUCAUUGGGUUAUUCCUAUUAUUAUCAAGUAGCUGGAAUUGUGAAGGUCGGAGUAGUUAGAUCUUUAGCUUUUAUUCCUUUUUUUUGUAUUACUAUCCAUGUGUAUAAAUUAUUGAUCAUGUUGCUGGCUUUUAUAAACUCUAAGCAAGGGGGGAAACCCUUCCUAACCCUUUGCAAAUGGUAAUGAAGCACUGUUUUUAAAUAAAAGAGAGAAACACCA